AUGCAAUCGACCAGCCCAGAAGAAUCGGUCUUUGGACCACCUCCCCAGACCUUGGACAUGCAAUAUUCACUAUUCAAGGAAAUGAACAUGUCUGCGCAAUCUAGAAUUGGUGCCUCGGACUGGGGCCAUUCUUAUCCGGCGAUCUUCCAACUCGACCUGGAAAUUCCCGCCUUUUUCAUUCCUUAUCGCUGGUGGGAAGACGAAGCCACAACGGUGUUCUGGGCAUUCGACAUCCAAGAAAUCAAGCGUGUGAUCCAGUUCGGACUCUUUUGCGACCCAAACUUCCCAAGGUCUUCGCUUUGCACUCGGAAUGUCGACACCAUAGAAACCUUUUUGAGCGCACUGUCCGAGCCCUACGAGUCCCAGCUCCUUGGGAGUCUUUCUCAUAUACAGAGGGUGGAGGAGAUCCUGCGCCGGUCGAGUAUAUCUCCUUUCCAGGAGAUGCCUUGGAGUUGGCUCCCACCACAGUCAAGCCCUACUCUAGAUGCGCGGGCAAUCGCUGCAGCGAUUGAGGCCGAGAGCCAUUUUCAAUUCAGGCAGAUCCCAUUUGAAGAGUUUGUACGUGCUGCUCUCGGGUAUAACGCUGUCUUCGUCGAAUGGUUCCUGCAGCAGCAUGCGGCUCUUUAUAUUAUGCUCCAGGAUCAUCUGGGCGUCUAUCCGGAGGACAUUCCUCUGUAUACCGAAGUGGAAAAGUAUCUUCGGUCGGGCAGUCCAUUCGCACACCGAGCGUUGGUCAAGUGCCUCCUAGCUGUGCGACCUGGCGCAAAUCAUGACUUGCCUCAGCCCAACACCGCUGGGUUCGAAUUCAUCGCAGGCCCUAUCCAGGCCUUAUUCAAGGACCAGCCAGGAAGGCUUACUGCCAUGCUCAAAAUGUUGACUGUUUUAACAAUCCGAUAUCGCCGACAGUAUAUCCAUACUCCUAUCAUGGAUUGGCAGACCCCAUUUGACACCUCUCUUCCUUUCCUAGACGAUUGUCUCCAGUCGACAUCUCCGAAAGACUUGGCCGACAGCAUGAGAGGCCUGGACGAGCACCAAUUUGCCGAGUUAACCCAGCAAAGCCUAAUAACAGAGGAUUUCAUCGUGGAACAACUGAAAGUCCAGUGGCGCGAACUAAGCGUUUCAGUCUGGGAAUGCUGCGCCGCACUCCCAGACUUGAUUCCAUAUCUACAGGAAUGCACACAGUUCCUCUUAGCAACCCGUGAUUACCACUCUUUCACGGCUAUCAUAAAAGGCCUGCACAUCUAUACCAUCUUGACAUCGCGCCCCGGCAACAUCCAAGGAAACCCGAUUACGCUCGAGGCUCUGAUUCCACGGGAAAUCGUCUCUCUCAUGAGCCCGGCUGACAACUUCGCCGUCUAUCGCCAGCACUACCAGAACUUCCCCGGCAUUCCCUGGCUGGUCCCCCACCUCCGCGACCACAAAGAAAACGGCGAAGCAGUCCUUCAGCCGGUUUUUCACUACCUGCAAAGCACCUAA